AUGGCGCAUCCCCCUGUGUGCCUUUGUUGGCAGUACUUCACUUCAUUUAGCGAUUGGAAAUUAUCUGCAACCGCUGCUGAAGAAUUUUUACACAGUGAAUACUACUUUGGAAAUUGUUUUAAAUCUCAAGGUGCAGUUUUCUACACACAUACAACUUUUAAUCAUUUACAACUGUUGGGAAAGUUAAUAUUACGUGCUUGGAUAAAUGUUCCUCGGAUUCCUACGUGCAUCAUACUCAGGGCCAUUUCGAGCCAAGGUGAUCUGUUUCGAUACACUUCGUAUAAUUUUCAAGUAUGCGUCCCUCGCAUCACCUACUGCCACUCGCAUACUCGAUUCAAAUACCACUUCUUGGAGUGGUACAUCCCUGCGAACUUUUCGGGAGGAAUGGACUGGGAAGUAUACUUUUUCGGACCCCGUCGUAUGGAGUGGUAGCUAAUUAUGAAUGUUGAUUAAAAGUUAUUGAUACUACGAUUAAAAUUAAAAAUAUCAUGAACACGUCGAAAUCACAGGAAGGUAGUAGUAAUAAAUAAUAAAAAGAAAUACUUCCAGUUUUUGUUAGUCCAUUAAAUUACAGACCAUUUACCUAGAAUCCAAGAUGAUAAUUGCUUGGAGAAAACGAAACGAAACUGUAUCAUUUCCAUACAUUAUUUUUACUUUUAUCUUCGCGUCUCGUUGACAGAUAAUGCCAAUCG